CGCGCUUCCUUUUUCCGUUCGUGUGCGCAGUGUGCACGCACAUGUACCCGUAAAAUAAUAAUAAUCCAGUAAAAUGCGCAUUGAAAAGUGUUAUUUCUGCUCUGCUCCGGUUUAUCCGGGACACGGCAUGGCGUUUGUACGCAAUGACUGUAAGGUUUUUCAAUUCUGCAGAUCUAAAUGCCACAAAAACUUUAAGAAGAAGCGAAACCCAAGAAAGACCAGAUGGACCAAAGCCUUCCGAAAGGCAUCAGGCAAAGAGCUGACAGUGGAUAACUCAUUGGAGUUUGAAAAGCGCAGAAAUAUUCCACUUAAAUACAACAGAGAACUCUGGAGCAAGACAGUGGAGGCAAUGAAGAAGGUUGAAGCUAUCAAACAGAAGAGACAGUCACGAUUUAUCGUGAACAGACUGAAGAAAGGCAAAGAGCUUGAGAAGGCAGCAGAUAUUAGUGAAAUCAAGAAGAACAUUCAUCUCAUCAAAGCUCCACACGCAGGUCAAGCCAAACAGUUGGAGGACAAGAUGGUCCAAAAGCUGGCAGAAGAUGUGGAAAUGGAUGAGUAAAGAGGGAAGCCCACACAAUUGGACUUUCAUGUCUCUGGAGGUGCGGAGGAUCUGUGUCAUUUGUUUUGAAACAAAAGGCUGUGUUGAUGAUGUCAGAACUUUUACUCCACAAAAAAUGAAUUUUGAACACAAACCACUCGCUGAGACUAUAACAUGGAGCUGACCAGAGUUUUGCAUUGUUUUUUCUCCAGAUAUAUUCUGCUUUAAAGGUUCCUUUGUCCUAGUUCUUCUGAGGCUAUAAAGAGAUUGAGGCUAUUAAAAACAUUCAUGUGUCGUGUGUGCUGUAACUGUUAAUUCAGCUGAAUAUGAAUACAUGUAUCAACAUUAAAACAAAUAAAAUUUCAUUAAAACCCUAUAUUAUAAUUAUAUAUGU